AUCAAAUUGGUUAAUAUAUAUUUAUAUAUGUAUAAAUUUAUAAUGGGAGAUGGACGCACUGGAGCAGCAUAAGAACCCCAAGGCAAGGCAAGGCAAGGCAAGGCAGUGGUAAUAAUAUUGAUAGUGGCUAAUUGAUAACAAUAAUAGAGCUAUAAAUUAUUCUGCUGAAUGUCAGACGAUAAGAUAUUUGCUACUCAGCUGUAAUCGCUGAAAUCGGAGCAUGUUGCUUAGCUUAUCAGCAAUUAUGGCUUCGGAUAGUAUCGACAGUCUAUAAAGGCCCCUAGUUGGCACUGACGAGUCUUAGUCUUAGACUUUUAGCCACAAUGUUGUCCAGCUUGGUGUCUGUGAUUGGCCCGAUUGUGCUUUUAGCUGCCAUUUGCCAGGCAGCACCCAAUCCCAUCGACAGCCGUAUUGUUGGCGGCGUCGAUGCCAACAAGGGCCAGUUUCCGCAUCAAAUAUCGCUGCGCAAGGAUGGCUCCCACAAUUGCGGUGGCUCGAUCAUCUCGGCCAACUAUGUGCUAACUGCGGCGCAUUGUGUUACCUACGAUAACGGUGGCGAAUUGGCCAUCUAUGCAACCAGCCAGUUGACGGUUCGCGCCGGCAGCAAUGAUCGUUUCCAAGGCGGCGUUCUCAAGCAGGUGGCGGCCAUCACUGUGCACGAGGAUUAUGGUAAUUUUUUGAACGAUGUGGCCGUAAUACGUAUGGAGACACCCUUCAUCUUCUCGGAGUACAUCCAGGCAAUUGGAUUGCCCAGCAAAGAUACGCCAGCGCACGCUGAUAUCAUAAUCUCUGGUUGGGGUCGUCUACGACAAGGUGGCGAUCUACCACGGUAUCUGCAAUAUAAUACGCUCACAUCGCAGACGCUGGAAGAAUGCCAGGAAAGUAUUAACUAUGGCUAUCCGAAUAUGUUGUGCCUUAUCCAUGAGGCAGACAAUGGUGCCUGUAAUGGAGAUUCCGGUGGCCCAGCCCAUUACAACAACGAAGUGGUUGGCAUUGCCGGCUUCGUCUACGGUGGCUGUGGCCGCAACAAUCCAGACGGCUAUGCACGCGUCUAUUAUCAUGUUAGCUGGAUCAAGGCGAACACGGAUUUGUAAGCCAAAUGAAUUACAACUUGGCUUACCCGAACUAUGGCCAAAUAAAACGUGGUUCGAAAUAAAUUGUUUAUUAUCCACAUGAA